UUGAACAAAAAUGUAUCGUAAAAAAAUGAUAACAAUUUUGCAACGAAUAAAAGUGAAAUCAUCGGUGUAGAUUUUGAGUAAAAUUUUCAAUGGAUUUAAUCCAAGACUACGAACAGCAGUAUGCUGUUCUAACGGCAGAAAUCACUGCUCAAAUAGGCCGCAUUGUUACUUCUUUCGGAGGCGAACGUAACAAACUGAUCGCCGAUAUCGAUCGGCAACUAGAAGAGUCGCAAGAACUGUUAGAGCAAAUUGGUCUAGAAAUUCGUGAUAUACCACAGGCAUCGCGAGCGGGAUACACUUCGCGGUUGAACUGUUAUCAGGCGGAGCUUAGAAGAUUGCAGCAAGAAUUCAAUAACUCCAAAUCGAUUCGAUCAAAGUCGGCAAAUGGGUACGAUUCAUCCGUGGACGAAUUUGAUGAAAUAGGAAUUCAGGAAGAUCAGAAACGAAGAUUGCUCGAUAACAGCGAACGAUUGGAACGAACAGGAAACCAUCUAAAGGAAGGCUACCGUGUAAUACUGGAAACAGAACAGAUCGGAGCUCAGGUGCUGCAAGAUUUGAGUGAACAACGAGAAACCAUUCAAAGAGCGAGAGGACGACUGCGUGAAACGGAUGCUGAGCUGGGACGAUCGACAAGAAUAUUGAACUCGAUGAUUUUUCGAUCACUUCGAGAAAAAAUAGUUUUGAUUUCAGUAGCUGUUGCGAUAUUCCUAGUGCUCGUUCUGAGUAUUUACUUUUCAGUAUCAUCUGAUUAACUUUCGCAUAUAAUGUUUGUUGUCGAGUAUGAGUAACUUAUGGUUGUUGUGUGAUUUACAAUUUUAUUAAGUUCGCUUUUCGUUUUAUUUCCUUCAAAAUUGUUGAUUAAAUUGUAGCUAGAUAGAUGUUUUAUUGUUACCAGCCCGAUAAAUAACGAUGGACGUAUUUUGCGAAUGACUUAUAAAUAUAAAUUAGUAAAUAAGAUCUAUGAUUUAUGAUGCAUAACUUGUAUGUAUAUUCAGUGCAAAACUAGGCCAGAGUGAAUAAAAACUGUAAUAAUAAAUCACAUUCCUU